CAAAUGUGUUGAUCAUGUAGAAAUGAUUGUGGUGUCUGUACUGUUAUUUCUAUUCCUAAUAAAUACAUCCUUUCCUCAGAAUAUAAAAUUGCACGGAUGUGGAGCAUCUUUACCGGCAGAAGUUUAUGAAGCUUGGGUACCAGCGUUUGAAAGUUAUCGCCGUGAAUUUGUGAAUAUUGACUUUGAAUAUUACGCGACAGGAAGUGGAGAAGCUAUUCAGGCCAUACAUGGGGGAAACGAAUCAAGUUUAAAUGUGUGUCUACUUAAUGAUCUAGGAUUUUUCGGCUCGGAUAUUCCAUUGUCACCAAGCGAUUAUGAUAAAAAUCCCAAUUUACAAAUGCUCCCUAUUCUAGGAGGGAGUGUUGCCCUGGCCUAUAAUUUAAAAGGGAUAAAAAACUUGGUUCUUGAAAAAGAUCAUGUUGUAAAAAUAUAUGAUGGAACUUUUAAAUGGUGGAAUGAAACCGAAUUACAAAGCGCUAAUCCAGAUAUUAAACUACCUGAAGAAAGAAUAUCAGUUGUAGCAAGGUCUGACAACUCUGGAACGACGCAAAUAUUUACGGAAACAUUAAGUGCAAUAUCAAAAGAAUGGAAAGAAAAAUAUGGUGUUUUUUCAGAAGGUUUUAAUGAAGCUAAUGGUUCCUCAAAAUGGCCAGACGGAGUUAUUUCAUUUCGCCUUAAAAGAAAUCGAGGUGUCUCGGGAAUACUGUUGUCUUACCAAAAUUCAAUCGGUUACAUUUCAACAGCUGAUGCAAACACAGCGCUGCUAACUUAUGCUCGAAUCAAAGAGGGUAACAAAAUAGUCGACAUAGAACCGGAUAGAAUGCAGGAAACCAUGCAGAGAGCUAUGAGGCACUUUACAAAUAGAAUGACUGUUACUUUAGCAGAGCAUACAUAUGCCGACGAAUACCCAUUCAUAGGAUAUACGUAUAUGGUAUUUAAUAAAACCUCAGAAAGCAACUGUAAAAGGAUGAGAGAGUUAGUCCGAUAUUUUUAUUGGAUUACAAAAGAACCAUUUCCACAAAAUGAUGCCAAAGAUUUUAAAAUGGCUGGUGUCCCAAAGAAAGUAUCAGAUUACCUUUUUUCGGAAGUUAUAGAUAAAAUACGAUGUGGUGGGGAUAAUAUGCUAAAAGUUGCUAGGGAUCAAAUGGAUGCUGAAGAGCUAUCAAAGCAAAAGUGGCGAAUUCCUGUAAUAAUUGCCAUUCCAAUUAUAAGUCUGCUAAUUUUAUCGUUGAUAUCCUACUUGAUAGUUCAACAGAUUCGACUAAGAAGAUCCCUCUUAACGGAUGAUUGGAAAAUACCGAUAGAAGAAAUUAUUCUCAGAUGGUCCAGAAAAGAUGGAUUAUUAAGGCCCGACGGCUCAAAAUACCAAAAUUCUAUGCAAAGUGUUGCUUCAUUAACAGUUUCUGCUAUAACUAACUUUUCGUAUACAACAACAACUGGAGGGACAGGUAUAGGAAAAAGUGUUGAGGCGAUUGGAUUGUGGAAAGAAAAGGCCGUUGUUUUAAGGUCUUUUCCCAAUGCUUUGAGCUUGGAGAAGAUAACAUGCAAGAAAUGUCUCAUCUUUCUAAGGGAUAAAAUUAACCACUUUAAUGUUGUCUCUUUUCUUGGUGUAACAAUACUGGAUGACGCAGCUUACUUAGUAAGCGAUCAUUCGCCCAAGGGAACUUUACGAGACGUUGUUCAAGAUGAUCGAUAUAAUUUGGACGAGAACAUUAAAUUUUCAUUGGCAUUAGAUGUCGCUGGAGGUUUGAAAUAUUUACAUUCACAAAAUCUAAGUCACGGCAAUUUGACAAGUGAUUCAUGCGUUGUCGAUCAACGCUGGAACGUUAGAAUCGCCGAUUGGGAAUACUCCAAAUUAUCCGAGUUCUCAAUCGGUUUAAGUAAUGCUACCUUAAAUUCAAAUUUCCAUGAUUCUGAAAAAGAUUAUGAUGUGGAAGCUAGGAAUUCUAUGUGGCAUGCACCGGAGGUUCUAAAGGGAGAAUGUACGACGAAAGCCUCAGAUGUCUAUAGUUUUUCUAUUAUUCUGGUUGAAAUAUUUACGAAGGAAGAUCCAUAUUAUGACUUAGCGGAAAGUUUAAGUCCUGUAAAGAUAAUUGAAGAAAUAAAAACUAAAGACAUACGACCAAACUUAGACGAUCCAAACUUAACCUCAAUAAAGAACACUUUAGAAAAAUGUUGGUCAAUAACACCGAGCAAAAGACUAUCGUCAUCAGCAGUUUGUAAAGAAUUGAAAUCUCAGAGGCCCAGUAAAAAGAGUGUCGUAGAUUGUAUGAUGGAAGCUGUUGAAGGGUAUGUAACCAAACUAGAAGAAAAGGUUAAGGAUAGAACGAGGGAGUUGGAAAUGGCGAAUUUAGCAACAGAAGCUUUGCUUCAUCAGAUUUUGCCGCCAUCCGUAGCUAAAAAGCUGUCUUCAGGCGAGAUUGUUGAUCCAGAAAAAUUUGAUGGCGUAACAAUUUUCUUUUCGGAUAUUGUUGGAUUUACAUCUUUAUCUGCAGAAAGCUCACCUUGGGAGAUUGUGCAACUGCUGAAUGAAUUAUAUUCAGUUUUUGAUACCAUUAUUGAUAAAAAAGAUGUUUAUAAAGUUGAAACUAUUGGUGAUGCUUAUAUGGUAGUAUCUGGAUUGCCGUCUCGAAAUGGAGAUAAGCAUGCCGACUGCAUAACCGAAAUGGCUAUAGAUUUCUUAGCAAGUGUCAAAAUAUUCAAGAUAAGACACAAGCCCGAUAAGAAGCUAUUGUUAAGAGCUGGUGUACAUUCCGGUCCAGUUGUUGCAGGAGUUGUUGGACAGAAAAUGCCAAGGUAA